GGCGUCGAUGUGGCUGGCGCAGGGCAAACGCCACGGCGUGCUACGCCGGCAGCUGGCCGCCAAGGACCGGGCGUGCGCCCGGCUGUGGAGGCGUCUGGAGCGCGGCCCCCCUCCGAGGAUCGGAGGAGGGCAGAGGGCUGACAGCGCACCGGAGCGGAGGGCCCGCCCCUCCGGAUGGGCCCGCCCUCCGAGGCGGCAGCGGCCGCGCGCGCGUUGCGCGCCCGGCUUCGCAGCUUGCCUGCGCCGCGACGAUGCGGCGGCGCAGGCGCAGGCGUGGCUCGCCGUGGAUCGAGGGGGGCGGCGUUGCCUCGGCGCUCUCGCGGCGCCCGGUGGGCCAGGCGCGCCUUGACGGCAUCGCACGUUGGGCGCCGGCGGAUCUUCCAA